CACACACACACACGGAUCCCAUAGACGCUACAGUAUAAUAAUCAUAGAACCGAGUCAUUAGGUUUCGAACAGCAUACAUGAUGUCUCACGAGGCCAAUAUCGAUACACACAGACCUAAACCCAGACCGAUUACCAAGAAACGGUGCUUGGGGCACAACGAUCACAACCUCUCUACCGAGACAGCCCAAUCCUCCAUGACAUCCCAAUGCAAUGCCCUGUGUGACGUGCAAAAUGAGUGCUCAAAUCACGAAAGUCCUCCACGACGCAGACGCCGAAGCGGACGUUACCAGGUACCGGGCGAGGAUGAAGUGGAGACAACCGUGAAUGAGAAGAACAACAAGAAGCAACAAGACCAACACCGCAGUGUACAGUUCAGCAAGCCCAUAGCCCAGGUACCGGGCGAGGAUGAAGUGGAGACAACCGUGAAUGAGAAGAACAACAAGAAGCAACAAGACCAACACCGCAGUGUACAUUUCAGCAAGCCCAUAGCCCAGGUACAGUUCGUGUCCAUGUCGGAAGACUCCAGGGAGGCACGCUCAUCAUAUUGGUGGCGGGUUGCAGUCAAUACCAAACUGCUCCGAAGGAGGAUACGUCAGUUAGAGCCGUCAAUAUCUAGAUGUCUAGACGAAAAUCACCGGGACCGCAUGAGGAACUAUAUACGGGUUAGGCUCGAGAGCGAUUGUCACUGAGCGCUCCUCUGGGGAAACCUUAUCUGGGCACAGCAAACUCUGCCCAGUCGAUCACUGUGACAACAACUCGCUCUGCGCUCUCAUCAAACCCACCUCGGAUAACCCAAGCAGGCCUUCCUAUACACUCCUACAUCGCCACCAGUAAUCUACACCAGGAUCACACACCGAAUCGACUAACGCAAUGGCCUCGUGGUACAACUGUCUCCUGUUGAAGAACAGGACCCUGACAGAUCACGAGAAGGAAACCCUGGACCGUGUCAAUGUGAAAUCCCUCAGCAGUGAUGGAGUCAAUGCAAUGAUAGGACCCAAGGACAGUCCCUUCACAAGACCCAUGUACCUAGAGUUGACACACUACCACCAUCUCGACUCUCUGUUAGCCAUGCUUGCGAGCUACGUCGACCCGUCAGUGAAAAGCUUGUCUGACUACCCCGUGAGACACGUGCAAUUUGCAGCACCGCAGCAACUCCUAGUCCAACCUUCACAAGACUCAAAGUAAAUAAGAUGACAGGGGCAACAGUCAUCGUUGGAAACAACCAACACCACAAGAUUUCCUGGACCCUGGAUCUAGCACCAGCUGAGGCCGAUCACUAAUACCAACCCCAGUUCCAUA